AUGGACACGUUCCGCUUCCGCCUGAAUUGUAUCGACAACUACCAGGCGACGCCGACAGAUCUUGACCCCGUUUUGCGACGUGGUGUUGGCCCUUCGCAAAAGUCGCGUGAGGCAUCGCCUCAAGUUCCGGUUAUUCGCGCGUUUGGCGCAACUGAAACUGGGCAAAAAGUAUGCGCGCAUAUUCAUGGAGCGCUCCCGUACUUGUAUCUUGAAUACGUCGGCAGCUUGGAGAAGGAUGCUGUCAAUACCUAUAUCCAUUCCCUUCGAGCGUCGAUCGACCACGCCCUCGCCUUGACCUACCGCCGGAAUGCGAACGACGGGAAGUCGGUCUACGUUGGGCACAUCUCGCUGGUUAAAGGCGUGCCGUUCUUUGGAUAUAAUGUCGGAUACAAGGUCUUUCUGAAGGUCUACAUGCUCAAUCCUAUGCACAUGACGCGCUUCGCCGACUUGCUGCACCAGGGAGCUAUCUUGAACCGCGUAUUUCAGCCCUACGAGAGCCAUCUACAAUACCUCUUGCAGUGGAUGUGCGAUUACAACUUGUUUGGGUGCGACUACAUCAACUGUGCAAAGGUCCAAUUCCGCGGUCCCGUUCCAGACAGCGACGAGAUAGACGUCAAAACGCACAAGUGGCACGAUGCGUCCAUCGCAGAAGAUUUCAUCUCGGAAGACGACCAGUAUCCUCGACAGAGCCAUUGCACGCUAGAGGUAGACAUUCGCGUGCAAGACAUUUUGAACCGACACGAACUUCAAUACCGACCGAUCCACCAUGACUUCUUGGAGCGUUCGAGUCAGAUGCCGAUGAACCUAAAUGACAAGUAUGUGCCAUCGAUGGCUGGACUGUGGAGAGACGAGACGCGUCGCCGGAAGCGGCAAAUGGGUCUCAACGACACGGCGAGUAGCCCGUUCCCGGCAGAGGUGAUGGUUUCUAUGUCUGCAGAUCCAAGGAAUACGGACAGGGGCGGAUGGAUACAUGAGGACGAGUAUCGAGAGCUUGUCUCGAAUCUGAUCGAGGAGGAGAAGAAGCACAGAGACGAGGUGACUUUUGGUACCUUCGUCAAGGAGGUUCCUGGCCAAGAAGGACUCAGAACGACCGUGGAAAGCGUUGAAGACCUGUAUCCAGAAAACCUCUCGAUUCAGCAGAUGAACAAUGUUGAUGAGCGAGAGCAAAACCAAGCGCUGGAGCCUAUCAGUGCGGAAGUCAAGAGCACAUUGACCCUGGUUAAUGCCCUGCCUGGCGACAACGAGCUACCUCUUAAUAUUGAGCAACUUCCUGAGAUACUCGGAGGGGAUGCUGAGACAGAUCAGGCAGAGCAAGAUGGGCAGUCUGACACUGAGGAGCAGCAAUCGUUUGAUCCACUGACUAUAUCUCUUUUGCGACAGUCUGGUGGCGAAGAAACUUCAGACGAUCAUCUCGAUGAGGGCAUUGAUCUUGUCGAUCCCAGCGACGCAGGUAGUGUCGGCGACCCGAACAGUCCUUCCACAGUACGCAAGAGGAACCUUGAGCCAGGUCUAGAGUCGCCACACAAACGGCAGCGCAUACUGAACGGUUCCCAGUCUAGUCCGAGGAAGGUGUCCUUUCAUGAAAGGCUUGAAGGACGCAACUCCACAGGUACAUCGCGAAAGAACCACAACGACGAGCUACCAAGGCCCAGUCAAUCAUCUCAAAGCAGCAUUAAAGCUCAUGGGCAUGGAGGACCAACGACUAUGUCGUUCCCCGUUGUGAAGAACUCAGAUGCACCAGGAACGAAGUUACGGCUCAGUCAGUCAGGAUACUCGAAUUCUCAAGAAAUGCCCAAGACACCUAGGCCUAAGCAUCUCAUGGUUGGAAGGACACUGAUGACCCCUGUAACGCCAUGGACACACCAGAAAACAUCGCCAAUAAGACCAAGCAGUAGCGACCCCAAAGUCGCUGCAGAGGCAUUGUCGUUGACCGAGCGCCUGGUGAAAUCGUUUCCGCAUAAGCACCCUACGGUUUACUUCGGCACUCUUCCUCCCUCGUUAGAUGUGGUCAAUGACACCAUGAUGCACGCUGGGUUACCUCCUGUCAUUUUCCAAGAUGCCUAUUACAGUGACGAGAAAGAUGUGCCGGAUCGAGCUCGUGAGUAUGCGGGACGUGAGUUUAAGCUGCAAAGCACUACAUUGCCAUAUCUGCCUGCGUUCGACCCGACCGGCACAAGCUCUGCGAACUUUGGUGAGCAGAAACCAAUUGUGGUCGACAAAAUCAAGGAAGACGCGAAGAACAGGACAAGGUCUCAACGGUGCAGCUUGCGAAACUGGGAGAUUGCGCAGCCACCUCCGUCGUUCCGGGAAGUAGAUGAAUGGCUGCGACACGAGUCAACGAAAAACGCGCCCUCGAAACCCCCAUCGAAGCGUAAAAAGACACAGACGCCUAGGCCAAGGAAAGUCAAAUUUCUAGACCACCUCUCACAGAUUGAAGGUCCUACACAGAAGGGUAAAUAUGGUUUCAAGUUCUCGCAACAGCAAAAGUCAACCAACGUCAGGCACGAAACUAAGUACAUGAGCAUCAUGAGCCUGGAAGUGCAUGUCAACUCACGAGGCGAUCUUGUCCCAGACCCUGCCGAAGACGGUAUUCAAUCUAUCUUUUGGACAAUCCAAGGCGAAGAGAAUGCAACGACAGAUCGAUCUCGUACAGGAGUGCUCUGCCUUUCAGAGGAGAACGGUAUCGCUGAGCGCAUAGCCAAGCAGGUAUCGGUUGAAGUCGAGUACGAAGAAGACGAGCUUGACCUGAUCAAUCGAAUUGUGGAUAUCGUUCGACAGUUCGAUCCUGAUAUCCUUACUGGUUACGAAGUACACAACAGCUCAUGGGGCUACCUUAUCGAACGAGCGAGAAUGAAGUUUGAGUACAAUCUCUGCGACGAGAUCAGCAGAAUGAAAUCACAGUCUCAUGGCAGAUUCGGUAAAGAUGCAGAUCGAUGGGGCUUCACUCACACCUCAACCAUUCGCGUCACUGGACGUCAUAUGAUCAACAUCUGGAGAGCCAUGCGAGGAGAGUUGAAUCUACUCCAAUACACGAUGGAGAACGUUGUUUUCCAUCUCCUCCAUAAGCGCAUACCCCACUAUCAGCAUUCGGACCUCACCACCUGGUACCUCAGCACUAAGCCGCGAGAUUUGUUCAAGGUACUAAAUCAUUUCCUGACCCGCAUCCAGCUCAACCUCGACAUCCUGAAAGCAAACGAAAUCGUGCCGCGUACGAGCGAACAGGCACGUCUUCUGGGAGUCGACUUCUUCUCUGUCAUUUCUCGAGGAUCACAGUUCAAGGUCGAGUCUACCAUGUUCCGCAUCGCCAAACCCGAGAAUUUUGUUCUCAUCUCUCCGAGUCGCAAACAGGUCGGCCAGCAGAACGCUCUUGAAUGUUUACCCCUAGUCAUGGAGCCACAAAGCGCUUUCUACUCUAGCCCACUUGUGGUGUUGGAUUUUCAAUCACUGUACCCAAGUGUAAUGAUUGCGUACAAUCUUUGUUACUCCACUUGUCUGGGACGCAUCACAAGCUGGCGUGGCCGUAACAAGAUGGGGUUCAUGGACUUCAAGCGGGAGCCUCGACUAUUGGAGCUGGUCAAGGACCACAUUAACAUCGCGCCCAACGGCAUGAUGUAUGUCAAGCCCGAGAUGCGAAAGUCACUCCUCGCAAAGAUGUUGGGCGAGAUUUUAGAAACUAGAGUCAUGGUCAAGAGUGGAAUGAAACAGGACAAGGAUGACAGGACACUGCAGCAACUACUUCAUAACAGACAGCUGGCAUUAAAACUUCUAGCAAACGUCACUUACGGCUAUACAUCCGCCUCUUUCUCUGGCCGCAUGCCUUGCUCCGAAAUCGCAGACAGCAUUGUUCAGACUGGACGCGAGACUCUUGAGAAAGCGAUCGCACUCAUCCACGCCACCGAGAAAUGGGGAGCUGAAGUAGUAUACGGCGACACCGACUCGCUCUUCAUCUACCUCAAAGGCCGCACCCGCGACCAAGCCUUCACUAUCGGCGAAGAAAUCUCCAAAGCCAUAACUGACGCCAACCCGCGACCUAUCAAGCUUAAAUUUGAGAAAGUGUACCACCCAUGCGUGCUGCUUGCUAAAAAGCGCUACGUCGGCUUCAAGUACGAGCAUCGCAACCAAGCUGAGCCCGACUUUGAUGCCAAAGGCAUUGAGACUGUCCGCCGCGACGGCACGCCCGCCGAGCAGAAGAUCGAGGAACGAGCGUUGAAACUUCUCUUCCGCACCGCUGAUCUGAGCCAAGUAAAGGCAUAUUUCCAAGAACAAUGCACGAAGAUCAUGCAAGGGCGCAUCUCAAUUCAAGACUUUCUCUUCGCCAAAGAGGUAAAGUUAGGAACGUACUCAGACCGAGGCCCUCCUCCGCCCGGCGCCCUCAUAGCAACGAAACGUAUGCUCGCAGACCCGCGAACUGAACCACAAUACGGUGAACGGAUACCCUAUGUCGUCACCACCGGCGCGCCGGGAGCCCGACUCAUCGACCGUUGCGUGUCACCGGAAAUGCUUCUAUCGAACGAACAUCUCGAGCUCGACGCCGAGUACUACAUCAGCAAGAAUCUCAUCCCGCCACUCGAACGCAUCUUCAACUUGGUCGGCGCAAACGUAAGACAGUGGUACGAUGAGAUGCCCAAAGUGCAGCGCAUGCGCAACAUCACCGUGCCAUUGCCCUCUAGACCGAAUCCCAACGUCGCUGGUGGGCAGACCUCGCUCAGGAAGACACUUGAGAGCUACAUGAAGACUUCCUCUUGCCUCGUGUGUCGCGCAAAGCUGCCGCCCCCACCCACGUACCUGCCGGGUGUGGAACCAGAUGCAUUUGCCAUGCUGCCACUGUGCGAGAAGUGUCUGCGAAGACCUGCACGGGCGCUCCUCAGCUUGAAACAGAGCAUCUGGAAGCGCGAGGUCAGAGUCAAAGAGGUGGAUAUGGUUUGUCGGAGUUGUUCGGGGCUGGCGUGGGGUGAAGACAUCAAAUGCGACAGCCGAGACUGUCCUGUCUUCUACACCAGGGUGAGAGAGAGGAGCAAGUUGGCGGGGCUGAAGGCGGGAAUUGGAAGCGUGGUGGAGGUGCUUGAAGACGGCAUUGACGAUGGACUGCCGGAGGUUGAGGUUGAGGGAAGUACGAAACAGGAGACCAGUAAAGAAACCAGCAUCGGAGCUCUAAGUGAGGGUCUUGCUUGGUAA